AUGGCUCGAUCGGUUAGCAAGAUGUGGGAAAAGUACUGCCUGCGUCCUACACAGGGCACCGUCUCCACCACCAUCCCGGUCUUCAUCUACGGCACAGCCUGGAAAAAAGAUAGCAGCGCAGAUCUGGUCUACACUGCGAUCAAGGCUGGAUUCAGGGCUGUGGACACUGCAGCCCAACCCCGUCAUUACCAAGAACACCUCGUUGGUGAUGGCAUUCGCAGAGCUAUCGCCGAUGGGAUCGUCGACCGGAAAGACCUAUAUGUGCAAACCAAAUAUAGCCCUGUUUCGGCACAGGACGUGGAAAAUAUGCCCUACGACCCAUCUGUGUCGGUCACCGAGCAAGUCCAUGCUUCUAUCAAGUCAUCCCUACAUAAUCUGCGCUCAGCAGAUGACCCCAGCUCGGUAGAUGAGGCCUACAUUGAUACUAUGGUCAUUCAUUCGCCGCUUCCUACUUUAGCCCAGACGCUUGAGGCCUGGCAGGCUCUUGAGACUUAUGUGCCCCACCGUAUUCGAAACUUGGGUAUUUCCAAUUGCACAAUGCCCAUGCUGCGAGAACUGUGCAACUCUUCCAUGACAACGGUUAAGCCAUCGGUUGUGCAGAAUAGAUUCCACGAGGAUACUCUCUUCGAUGUUCCCAUGCGUGCAUUCUGUCGCGAUAACCAGGUUGUUUAUCAAGGCUUCUGGACGCUGACGGCGAACCCCGAUCUCGUACGCUCCCUGCCUGUUCAGCAACUUUCUCGUCAUGUCGGAAUUACCCCGGCUGCUGCAUUCUAUGCACUCGUUAUGGGCUUGGGAAAUAUCACGGUGUUGAAUGGAACCAAGAAUGUGUCACGCAUGAAGGAGGAUUUGGCUGCUCCAAAACAGGUAGAAGACUUUACUCAGAAGCAGCCUGAUGAAUGGAAACAGAUUCUUUCGGACUUCCAGGGCUUGACUGGUGACUCGUUAGGUCUAUGA